AUGAAAGGAGGACUUACUCUUGAUAAGGUCAAUGCAGCAAUUAAUGACAUGGCAUCAUUUGCCGGAGCCAAUGCUCAGAUUAUUAUAGCAGCUCCAAAGAAGGAACUGAGAGAUAUUGCAACUACAGAAGCAGUAAAGGGAAAACACUUCUUUCUUGAAAGUGACAUAAAAGGACCAGCACUGAAGCUUGACAACACUGGAAAAGCUUUUCUAAAUGUCCUUCGCCAUCUUGGUCGAAUAAGCGAGACGCGUAUUGGGCAUCACCGUGUGAUUAUUCUCUUGAAGCCCCACUGA